UGCGUCCGCGUCGCCUUCUUACGACGUCUAAAUUAAAAAGUGAUGAUCAAUAAUAAUUUCUGAUUGCUGAUAAAGUUUAUAAUAUCGCAAAGUCCGUAAUUGUUAAUAAAAAACAUAAGAAUGUCUCGCCAAAACACGCGUCUAGACACGAAAAAAGUGUAUUUCUGCUAAGAGACCGAGAGUGAAAUUCAAUCAGUUAGUAAAGUUUUGUAGUGCUGUGGUGUGUGGUCAUAAAAUAUGCAACCAGAAGGGGCGGAUCGCAAACGAGAGGCUCCGAACAUAAUCAUCAAGAUGGAAGGAAACCAAGGUGGCACCGGUGCUGGUAGCAUUGGUAUCGGCGGGGGUGGUCCCAUACAAGUGCUACAGCUUAAUCAAGCACUGCAGGACCCUAGCAAUCAACAGAUGCUGUUGCAAUCUCUCCAGCAGUCACUAGGCGGAAGUCAAGUUGCCGGUGGUCAACCUGUCCAGGUGGUUCCAAUAUCAGCCCUCCCCGGGCAAGGAUUAAUGGUGCAAACGCAAGCCGUUCAACAGACGGCACAACCGCAAAUGCUGCAGUUCACCUUGGAUGGUUCGCAAACGUUUUUGUAUCAACCGGUUCAACUUCCGACGGAAUCCAUCCAUAAUGUCAACAUCAACGGGAACAUUGUCCAGAUUCCAAAUCAAGCAAUAACAACGGCAACCGGUACCACCGGUACUGCACCGGUGGUAAUGCUUGCAACGGCUCCGGACCAGAACGGUAUUGCCACCGUGCAAAGUCCAACCGUCUUUACCUCCGGUGCUACAGCAGCAGUUCAGCAAACCAACGUCUCAGCAGGCCAAAACAUACAAACCAGCGGAAUCAAAUUGGAACCUGGUGCCGCUGCCACGACUACGACUAGUGCGGCAGCAGUCGAAUCACUGCAGACCAUAGCGAGUGUGGAAUCGGAAGAGGAACCUCUGUACGUGAACGCCAAGCAGUACAAGCGGAUCCUGAAGCGACGGCAGGCAAGGGCCAAACUGGAGGCGCAGGGGAAGAUUCCCAAGGAGAGACCGAAGUAUUUGCACGAAUCACGCCACAAGCAUGCGAUGAAUCGUGUUCGCGGCGAGGGUGGACGAUUCCAUUCAAAAGACGGCGAAUGAAGAUUAUUUUUGAUCAGAUGUGUUUUGUGUUACUUUAAGUGUAGAAAGUACAGAAUAUAUGUGUAUUUUAAAACUUAUUUUGCCAUUCAAUUGUAGAAUUCUAUAUAAUUGACGUAUAGGAAUAAAAAUACAAAUUAACGCCUUCUA